GGGGUUGAUUUGGCAGAGUCGACUACAUGUAGACACCGGCUCUCAAGUUGUGUGAAGAAUUUCAGUAAUUAUUAGUCUGUCAUCACGUAGUGUUGCAUCAAACUCUAUUCUUCGGCAUUACUACGAUGCCUUAUUCAGACGAACUUCCCCAAACAAGAACCCCUCUGCUCGGCAAUAGUGGCCAGUCAGAGGCAGCAGCUAGAAUACGAUCGACUUCAUGCAGCGUCAAGAAAAAGAGUAGCAACGCCGUGUCUUUCAUCGUCCACGUCUUCCGCGGCGGUCUCUUCUCACCACCGACCCUGACAUACGACCCUUUACUCCUCUUGCUGAAUCACGAUGACCAGGACGAAAGAAAUAGGCUCACGGAGAAAUGGAAGGACAACAAGCUACAAGAACUGAACUUCGUAGGCGUCGUGGCUGCCUUACUCGCGAAUGUCCUCACAUCUACCGGAUCGUGGCCCAACCUCUUGCCGCCUGAGACAACUACGCCUUGGCCCGUGCGGACCUGCUGGUUUUGCGGAAUCGCGUUCGCGCUUGCCAGCGUCUUAACGGCGGCGGACCAAACCAUUCGACUGCAUAGAAUGGCUGGACACCGAGAUGGUCUGGUACUUAUUCGGCAGUCACUGCGUACCCAGGAGCGCGUCUUGGUCGGCACUGAGUGGAAGUAUCGCCCUCGGAAAUUGCAGGUCUACGCCUGGCAGUUGUCGGUUGUGUUCCUUGCAGGCGCGGUAUUCUGCAUGAUCUCAGGGAUGAUAUUCCUGGUCUGGAGUGCUGUGGCUGAAGACAUUGGCAGAGGAAAAGGGUUUGAUGACAACGGCAAGGUGGCUGUGAUAUUCACAUCAUUUGCACUGAUCACGGCUGUCAUCUUCGGACUUGGUCAGACAGCGCUUUACUACCCGGUUCCAAAGGGGGGCGACAUUGAAGAUAGUGACUAAGACAUGGAGAGGGUAUCUGCUUUGAAACCUCAUUGAAAGUCACUCAAGAUGGAAUCCAAUCAAGUGCGUCGGUGACAUCAAGGUCAGGCCAUCGAAUAUUGGUUGGUGAUUGAUGUGACUGGAGGUUAAUGAGGUUGGAGUCUUGUGUCAUGAACUUAUUUGAUAUCAAUGUGAUUAUUUGAAAGUGAAAUGAUGACCACGAGCUAUUUUCAUAAGCAAGUACUUCACAACCCUGCUCAAGCCUCGCUAUGAGAUGCAAAAUGGCCG